GUGUAUUGGACCGGACUUGUGGUAUCAGCAACCUGACUACUUCGCAGCUGACUCAAUUCUUGGUGCACAGUGGUGGCAAGAUUUGAAAUAGACACACCAGUCAACAUGAGCACAGCAGACAAAGUUAUUAAAUGCAAAGCAGCAGUAAUGUGGGAAGCCAAUAAGCCAUUUUCUAUUGAGGAAGUGGAAGUUGCCCCACCAAAAGCACAUGAAGUUCGCCUCAAGAUUGUGGCCACAGGGAUCUGUCGCUCUGAUGACCAUGUGAUAACUGGUGCACUGGUUAUGCCUUUUCCAAUAAUUCUUGGGCAUGAAGCAGCUGGUGUUGUGGAGAGUGUUGGGGAGGGAGUAACUUCAGUCAAACCAGGAGACAAGGUUAUUCCACUCUUUGUUCCACAGUGUGGGGAGUGCAAAAGUUGCUUAAGCUCCAAGGGGAAUCUGUGCAGUAAAAAUGACUUUGGUUUAGCUUCUGGAUCAAUGCCUGAUGGCACAACUAGAUUCACUUGUAAAGGAAAAGCAAUUCACCAUUUUAUGGGUACAAGUACCUUCACUGAAUACACAGUAGUGCAUGAAUAUGCUGUUGCCAAAAUUGAUUCUGCUGCUCCUCUGGAAAAAGUCUGUCUUAUUGGCUGUGGAUUUUCCACUGGAUAUGGGGCUGCUUUGCAGACUGCCAAGGUGGAACCAGGCUCCACCUGUGCCGUCUUUGGCCUUGGAGGAGUUGGCCUCUCUGUUGUCAUGGGCUGCAAGGCAGCUGGAGCUUCCCGCAUCAUUGCUGUUGAUAUCAAUAGUGACAAGUUUGCCAAGGCCAAGGAGCUGGGAGCCACCGACUGUAUCAACCCUAAAGAUUUCCAGAAGCCUAUUCAAGAAGUGCUGAUCGAAAUGACCGGCCAGGGCGUGGACUAUUCCUUUGAGGUCAUCGGCCGUACUGAAACCAUGACUGCAGCCUUAGCCUGUUGCGAAUACAACUAUGGUGUCAGUGUGAUUGUGGGAGUGCCUCCAGCAGCACAAAAUAUCACUCUUGACCCCAUGCUCCUCGUCACUGGUCGCACCUGGAAAGGGUCUGUCUUUGGAGGCUGGAAGAGCAAAGAUUCAGUUCCUAAACUUGUUGCUGACUACAUGAAGAAAAAAUUUGUUCUGGAUCCAUUAAUAACCCACACACUUCCUUUCAUUAAAAUCAAUGAAGGAUUUGAUCUGCUAAGGACAGGGAAGAGCAUUCGCAGUGUCCUGGUGCUUUAGAAUUCCCAA